AUGGAUAUGGAAGAUUUUGAUUUUGAUAAUUUUGACGAUGAUUAUGACCUUCGAACUCCUGGAAGGGACACAAGUCCUAGUGUAAAUACCUCCGCCGAAGACCCCGACCGAGCUGACACUGCAACGCCUACGAGACGACUCCCACUGCUGCGACUGAAUGACUGGGAGGCCGACAGGCAAUAUGAUAAGAAUAACCCUAUCUGUAUCCAUUACGAUUUCGUAUGGAAAGUGUUCCUCCGGGAAAACAUAAGACGACGGCCGAUUACCGGAAACGGUCAGCCUGAUGAUCUUGUCCUUGCUCCGAGUGAUUUCUGGAAAGAAAUAUUCCAAGCACAGCUUGAUAAUACCAUAGCAAGUGACGAGAGGCUUCCAGGGCGAGAGUAUACGUGUGACGAGACCAUAGUCACUAUAUCGAUCGAGAAUACACGCGGCCGUGGCUUGAAAGACAAGGUGUCCGGCCACAACAUUAAAUGGGACGUUAUUGACCAGCACCUCGAAAGCCUUGCUAUACUGUUCAGGCAGUCUGCCACGAGCGCAAAAUCUGGGAAGAAGAAAAGAAAAACCCAGAGCGAGGUCCAGAGGGAGAGGAUGGCCGCUGAAUCAGGCCUGUGGAAUCGCGUUUACAAACGCAAUCGUUGUAGAGCCAAAUACUGCAAAAAGGGGCCUCAUUGUCUGGUAGAUCACCAGGGGAAUCACCGCAAGCUGCAUUACAAAGAUCUCAAGGCUAUCAAUGACCAUUACAAGGAUAGCAUGAAAGAGGGCGAAACGUUUGCUGACGUUGAUAUCACCGGUCCGAUCCCCUCGCACAUCUUUGAACAGGUCUUGAGUAGAUCUGAUGAUUCUGAGGGUGAUCCUGCCGAGGAGCUCAACAAGUACUUCACUUUUCUUCUGACUGAAGUGCAAAGUGAUAGGAGCAGAGCAGAAUUAGAGGCUGGAAUGAAGUUUGCCAGAGCGCAGUGCUUCGAGCUGAACUCUAUGGAGGAGCAUCCUCAGAUGGUUGUCACUGCAAUGGACCCGCGUACGGCGUUUGCCGAGUUUGAUAAAGCAUGA